UAUGUUUUCAUCACUAUCUGCUGGUUACGAUGAUUUAUGGAAGGCCAUUAUUAGACCUCCAAGAGAUAACGAAUAUACUGAGUAGGAUUUAGGUAAGAUAAGUAUGUAUAUUUAGGUCCAAGUCAAUUUAAAAUUUAAGGUGUAUUGAUUAAGAGAACAGAUUUUUAAAUCAAAAAUAAGAGAGGACUUAAAUUAGAAUGCUCAUUUUUUGAGCCAAUUAAAAAACCUUGUGAGUAAUUACCAUGUGUAAUAUACUUGCAUGGUAAUAGUAGUAGUAGAUUAGAAUGCUUACCUUCUUUAGAUGGACUUCUUCAGGUAUUAUUCAUAAUAUAAAAAUAAAAAGCAAUAUAUCUAAGUGUUUUGCUUUGAUUUUGCUGGUUGUGGUAAAUCGGAAGGGGAAUAUUUAUCUUUAGGAUGGUAUGAGAGAGAUGAUGUUGAAGUAGUAGUUGACUGGUUACGUUAAAGCAACAAAGUUUCUACAAUAGGAUUAUGGGGAAGAUCUAUGGGUGCAGUUACAGCAUUAAUGCAUGCAGAUAGAGAUCCUAGUAUAGCUGGUUUAGUUUUGGAUAGUGCAUUUUCAAAUUUAAAGACUUUAGCAGAAGAAUUAGCAAAAUAAUAUGCUCAAAAAGUACCAUCAUUUGCCAUUUCUGCAGGAUUGUCAAUGAUAAGAAAAACUAUAUAAUCAAAAGCCAAUUUUGAUAUAGAAAACAUUAAUCCACUUAAGAAUCAUGUUUCUAAAGCUUUCAUUCCUGCAUUUUUCAUAGCUGCUGAUGAAGAUACUUUUGUAUUGCCUCAUCAUACUAAAAAAUUACAUGAAGCAUAUGCUGGAGAUAAAAAUAUUGUAUUUGAUAUUUUAUAUAUUUAAAUAGUCUAUAGUUCCUGGUGAUCAUAAUUCUAAGAGACCAUCCUUUGCAAUGAAUUCAAUAGCAAUAUUCUUUUAUAAUACUCUAUAAGUGAAGCAUUUAGUUCCUGAAUACAAGGUAUUUUAUAAUUAUAUUUUAAACAGCAAGAUUUGGAGAAGCCUGAUAAUAAUCAGUAAUUUGAUGAAGCCAAUUUUUUAUAUAGUUAUAACAAUCAUGUUGGAAAUGCAUUUUAAGUUUAGGGAGCUAUGAAUGAUUUUGAUGAUGAUGAAGAGUUAAGAAGAGCAAUUGAGGAAAGUCUAAAAAUAACUAAUUCUGAACCUAGUCAAUAAAAUUAAUAAAACUCAUAAAAUAGACCACAAGUUUAACCAUAUAAACAACCUGAAGACCUUUUAAAAUUCUCAGAUGAUGAGAGUUUGCUAUGAAA